AAUGCACCACAGCCGAAAGUGCUAGAAGAUUUUUUUCGAUUUGGGAAAUCAUGCAACUGUAGAAGAAGUUAAUCGAAAUGAGGGUACUGUAAUGGAAGAUGGAGAGGAUCCAUCAGACGAUGAUUCUGAACCACCACCUGAGACCACCAAAACAGUUGCAUCAAAUCAAGAAGAGGUCCUUCCAGGGUUUUUUGAUGACCCCCUGCUGGAUGCCAAGGCACGCAGUGUGGAAUACAAAGACCCAAUUGAAGAGGAAUGGGAGAAAUUUCAGAAAGAAAUGAAGGAGCAGUCCACAGUAUCUGCACAGAUCAUUACUAAAGAUCAUGAAGAAGCCACAGCAGAAAGGCAAAUCGAUGAGAUUGAUGAACAGAUGCGGAAUUGGUCCAGAGUGCAGGACAUGGAGAUUGAGAUAAAAACAGCAGUGAAAGCUGGGAAUAGAAGAAGGAAUGCUGGUGACGAUGACCUUGAAGCGUCUAGUGCAGAUGAAGCUGAAUUUGAUGAGUACCUAGACUGGAGAGCAAAGAAGUCAUAUAGAUAAUAAAUUUAUGGAAGUCAUGUCCCACAGAAGAAACAAGCCAUUGCAAAGUGAAAGACAUUUGUUUCAUAUUGUAGACUUAAAUAACACAUAAUACAUUUUCUGGUGUUAUGUCGUGUAAAUUUUUGUUAAAAUACUAAGAUUGUACAGUAACAGUAUAAUAAAUGAGUUUUUCAUUUUUU